AUGUUUGCAGACUUCGACCUACUUCUACUCCAGGAGCCGGGUCUCAACCUGGGACAGCACCCGAUCCAACAUAGUGCUUGGGUAGCCGUCCACACACAGUCCCAGACAGGGAGAAUCAACGCAAUAACUUAUAUCAACAAGAGAAUAUACGGCCAGUCUCAACUGAAAAUGGUGGGGGAACUCACCACCGAGAAUGUGGUAACUAUCCAAAUUGGUCAACUUUAUAUCACUAACAUCUACAACCGCAUAAGCGAAGAUAUCCACCCAGUGGAAUAUUACAAGACUUUACUUCCUCAAAUUCCAGAACUCAUUAUUAUCGCAGGAGAUUUUAAUCUUCAUCAUCCCAUGUGGCAGAGCACUGAGCACGUCACCCGAGAGGCAAAUAGCUGGGCAGACUGGGUUAACGACAAUGGACUCCUACUAGCUACGGUGCCGAAUGUUCCAACUCAUAUUUUUGGCAAUACGAUUGAUUUAACAUUCACAACCCCAAACAUAACCAUCACGCCAGAGAAGAGUGAAGAUGUAGGCUCCGACCAUUACCUUCAGAAAUGGAGGAUCGACACCAAUCCAUUAGCCAUUGAGUUGCUUCAAACCUAUGGUGGAAGGUACAAUUAUAAGCGGGCUGAUUGGGAAAAUUUCGAGAAGGUUUUGAACUCCCGAGCGGCUAUGGUAACCAUUCCUAAGGAACUCCGGGGCUACAGCAAUGGAAAAUCUACACACAAAGUCGCAGACAGAUACGCCUCAAAGCUUAUUGGAUUGCUCUGUAACUGUUUGGAUGAGACGGUGCCAAAAUUGAAGAUUGUUCCUAGGAGCAAGAGGUGGUGGACACCUGAAUUACGACAGGCCAAGCGCGACGUUGGUAGAGCUCGAAGACGAGCUCGCAGUAAGCCCACUGAGGAGAAUAUAAGGCUGCGGCAGCAAGCUAAUGAGGAGUAUGCCUCUAAGAUUCUAGAGGCUAAGAACACCACCUGGAACUCAUUCCUCGCCUCACGUCGUGGAGGCGAAAUUUAUGACGCACAUAAGAUGAUCAAACCUCGCGAACAAGAAUCGGUAAUGCCCGCCCUCCGGUUGGAAACCGGCGAAUUGGCUCAAACAUUUGAAGAGCAGGAAGACGAACUUUAUCGGGGAUUGUUUCCGCAUGUCACGCCGUCGACGAGAAGAGUGCUCAAAGUGGUCAAAACCGGCCAAUGGAAGAGCCUACGUACGCAAGAAAUCGAAGACGCCAUACGCGAUCAAGCGCCUCACAAGGCUCCCGGGCCUGAUGGAGUCAAAACCGUCGCUAUCAAAAGAGCGUGGGUAGUGAAACGCUUCCGUAAAUUGCUGAAGGGCCUUCUAAAGUACUGCAUUAGAGUUGGCUAUCAUCCAAAAUGCUUUCGAGAAGGAAUCACUGUCGUUAUUCCCAAACGAAAGCGAGAUCCUACAUUGGCGCGGUCCUACCGGCCGAUUACACUACUGAGUACACUAGGCAAAGUUCUGGAGAAGAUUAUGCAACGUCGACUGACAGCUCUAACCAGUGGAAUGCUGCCAGUAGAUCAGUAUGGUGGUCGCCAUGGCUCCUCCGCAGUGGAAGCAGCCCACAAGCUUGUGCAUCACGCUGAAAAACGAAUGAAGAGGGGUCAGGUUACUUCAGUCCUUGCCAUAGAUAUCAAAGGAGCUUUUGAUCACGUCCACCGGGACACGCUCCUCGACACUAUGGGGGGAAUGGGGCUACCUACAGCAGUGCAGAACUGGGUUUACCAAUUCAUGAGAGGAAGACGAACAAGCCUGGUGAUUGAUGGGAAGCGUACCAAAGAGCGUAGAAUAGCAACGGGUAUUCCUCAGGGCUCGCCCAUAUCCCCACUACUAUUCCUGAUAUACACGAGCCCGCUAUAUCCGUUGAUCAAAAGCAUGGGCGGCAAAGUCAUUGGAUUCAUUGACGAUAUCACCAUCUAUGUAUCGAGCACCAGAUACGCAGAAAACACGGCCAAGCUGAGCAAUAUCUUGGCUCGAUGCCAUGAAUGGGCAACUUCAGCACAUGCGUUUAUUGACUACGGCGAGAAGCUGGGAUUCAUGCACAUUGCGAAACGUGUAACUCCAAAGGGGUGUAGGCGGCUCAUACUCCCCACGGGGGAGAGAAUUCAGGCAACUGGCUCCCUAAGGUUAUUAGGAGUCACUAUAGACCGCCAACUUAAGUUCGACGAGCACGCUAAAUCAGUAAUCAGCAAAGGCCAGUCAGCGUUAAAUAUCAUUCGUCGCUUGGGAGGAGUUACUCGAGGAGUAACUGGCGCUACCAUGAGAUGCCUCUACAAAAGCUGUGUUAGGCCGAUACUCGAGUAUGCCAGUCCAAUUUGGUACAAUCGAAUCGGCAAAGGAUUAAAAGAGGCUAUCCAAAGGAUCCAAAAUGCAGCUCUUCGAAGUAUCUUAGGGGCCUACAAACCAACGGCCAUUGACAGCCUCCACCGAGACGCGGAAAUCCCCCCUGUUGAGCAUAGAAUGCUGGAAACCGAACAAUAUUAUUUAGUACGACUCCAUCGUGACCUUCAUAGGUAUAACCCCCACCGCAUUCGAGCUAGAAAGCUAUAUUCUGGAACCAUACUGGGUGACCGAUUGGAUGAAUUGUAUAGGACAGUUGAAGCUACGGACAUCAAAAAGGACAGGUACAGACUUUGGAAACCCCCGUGGGCUUCCAGAGACAGUGAAGCCAUAUCCAAAGCAAGCAGCCAGAAGAAAUCUAUACGCAAGGAAAUUAGAUCACAAUGCUACCAAAAAUGGGAGAUAGAGUACACUCAGUCGCCGAAAGGAGCUUUUUACCGGUCCUUCACAGCUCCCCGGCUCUACUCUACAAAGCACGCGAAUGCACUGCGACCUUUUCUUUAUGAAAGUCCGCGAGGAGAACUAAGCAAGUUGGUUCAGUUAAGAACGGGUAUGGGUGCAAUGGGCUCGUUCUUUCAGAGAUUUCGAAUCAGUAAUCGUAGAUAUGAUUGCCGAUGUGGAGUUGAAGAAACGGUGGAGCAUAUCCUCCGAGACUGUCCACUUACUGAAGAACAUCGACAGAUCCUCCGCGAAGCAUCCCGUGAGUUGGAUCUACCAUCUCUUCUUGAUACCCGAAAGGGUCUCAAAGCGGUCGCCUCCUUCCUUAAGGCGAAUCCGUCACUUUUAAGCUAA